AUGCCAGUAAACAAGAUUUCUGUUGCAGAUCUUGUCAAGUUUGAGGACGGAGAUAAGAUGGAUCUUGCAGAACUUGAGGAGAACAAGGAUUCUGUGUAUUUAGCCAUAAGGGAGGAAGUAUUCAAUGCAGCUGAGCAGAGGAAGAAGAAAAACAAAAGGACAAGAGAGAACUUUUAUGAAAUUGUUCCAUCGACGAGCUUAGAGAAGAUGAUGGACAAGAUUCUUCAUGGGGAAAAGACAAAGGAAUCUGGAGCCAUGGUUUUUGAAAGAAACUUCAAGUACGAGUUUGACAAGAAGAUGAGAAGAAUAAAGAGGAUAAAGAGUAAAGCGUACAGGAGGAUAAGAAGGCAGAGCAGACUCAAAAGCAAAGAGGCCAUGGAGGAGAAUACACAAGAAAAGCAAGGAGCAGAGCAGGACGAGGUACGGUCACGUAUCCCAGAUGUGCUUCUGAAGGAAGUGGAAGAAGUGGAGGAGGUGAAAGAAAACUUGCCUAUACUUAGCUUUGGAGGAGAUGAAAGUAGAGAAGAAAAUGAACAGGAGAAACUGGUUAGACUUGCAUUCAAAGAUGAUAUGGAGGAGCAAGAAAAAGUUUUUGCAAAAGAGAAGGAAGAGAUUAUGAAUGAAGAAGCCCCUCGAGUGGAGGAGGUUGUUCUUCCUGGAUGGGGAGAGUGGGCAGGCCCUGGGCUUGAAGUGAUCAAAACAAAGAAUAACACCAUAAGAAACAUUGUGGAGGGAAUAAAAUACUCCAACAGAAAGGACUUCAAUAGAUCACAUAUCAUAAUCAAUGAAAAAGCACCAGAAGUAGACAAGAGGUUCCUAGCAGAACUACCUUUUGGAUACACCGAGAGCGAGUACAAUGAGAAGAUUAAUGCUUCCGUGUCAAGAGAAAGAAACACGCUUCGAAUAUUUAAGAGGCUUGUCCGGGCAAAGACCUGUCACACAAAUGGAAAGAUAAUUGAACCAUUCCAUUAUAAUCCUGAGUAA